AAGAACAAGCCGGAGCACUAUCUAGCUGACAGCAACGUGAACAGCCGAUAACCGUGACAAUAACCUCCCAAACUAACCGACAAUCAAAUUUAGACCCUCGAAGUUUCCCCAAUCGGUUCACCGGAACCAUACAUGAUCAACCAUACAUGACCAUCAUCAUCAACAUACAUCAUCACAUGAUCGCACUCUUUAUUCUCUUAUUUUCUCAUCACCAUUCAUUCUUCAUGCAAAUCCAUUUCACAAUUUCAACAACCAAUCAUGUUACCGGUUACCCUAACUCCCUUUCUUCCCGCCAAACCCUUCCCCUCCCGCCAAUUCCAAUUCCGUCUCUACAAACGCCGUAGACUCAAAAUCGAAGCCUCUCUCCCACUCCCGUCACCGUCGCCGUUUGAGAAUCUCUUCACCACGUUGAUCUCUCAAUGUCCCUCCGUUAACUCGCUCGAUUUCAUCGUUCCCGCUCUCGGUUUAUCUUCCGGCGCCGCUCUUUUCUUCUCCCGAUUCAAAUCAUCUCCAAUUUCCGAUUCCGAUGCCGGAGAAUUGGGAGAAUGCGGAGAAUGGAUCCUCUUUGCAUCUCCGACGCCGUUUAACCGUUUCGUUAUGCUUCGGUGUCCUUCGAUAUCGUUUAAGGAAAGCCGCCAUGAGGUUAACGAGAGGUUAGUGAAGGAGGAGAAGCACUAUGUAACUGUUAACAGUGGGAAAGUUAAUGCGAAGAAGAAGGAGAAGGUUUUUGAUUCGGAUGAAUUGAGUUAUCAGAGAGUGUGUUUGAGUGCACCUGAUGGAGGUGUGGUUUCGUUGGAUUGGCCUGUUGAAUUGAAUUUGGAAGAGGAAAGUGGUUUGGAUUCGACUUUGUUGCUUGUUCCGGGUACUCCUCAAGGGAGUAUGGAGGAUAAUAUAAGGUUUUUUGUGGUUGAGGCUCUUAAGAGAGGGUUUUUCCCUGUUGUGAUGAAUCCUAGAGGAUGUGCUUCUUCACCUCUCACAACUCCAAGGUUAUUUACCGCUGCUGACAGCGAUGAUAUCUGCACAGCUAUAACUUAUAUCAACAAAGCAAGGCCGUGGACUACCUUGAUGGGUGUUGGUUGGGGAUACGGUGCUAACAUGCUCUCAAAAUACCUGGCCGAGGUUGGGGAAAAAACACCAAUGACAGCUGCUACAUGUAUAGACAAUCCUUUUGAUUUAGAUGAAGUUACAAGAACCUUUCCUUAUCACCGUGUUAUUGAUCAGAAACUCACUCGUGGACUUGUAGAUAUUCUACAAACCAAUAAGGCACUUUUUCAAGGCAAAACAAAAGGCUUUGAUGUGGAAAAAGCUCUAUUGGCAAAAUCCAUACGUGAUUUUGAAGAAGCAAUAUCCAUGGUAUCCUAUGGCUUUGUGGACUUAGAAGAUUUUUAUAGAAAUUCUAGCUCAAGAAAUAUGAUCAAGGAUGUUAAAAUUCCUGUACUAUUUAUACAGAGUGAUAAUGGGAUGGUUCCAGUAUUCUCAGUUCCGCAGAAUCUGAUUGCAGAAAAUCCAUUCACUAGCCUACUCCUAUGUUCUUGUUUGCCAUCAAAUGUUAUGGAUACUGAAACAUCUGCUUUAUCAUGGUGUCAGCUUGUAACAGUCGAGGAUCGAAGUUCGGGACGGAUGAUUGACGUCGGAUGUGAGUCUCAAGGUCUUUAUUAUCUCUCAGUGUCAUCUCAGACAUGCUCAGCCAAAGAUUCUCCAUUCACUAUCCAUGUUCAGUUAGGUCAUCCCAGUCUUUCCAAACUAUAUAAGUUGGUGUCAAAUUUAUCGAAGUGGCUCGCAGCAGUGGAGCUGGGUCUCUUAAAGGGUCGUCAUCCUCUUCUGACAGAUAUAGAUGUUACAAUAAAUCCCUCUAAAGGAUUAGCUGUUGUGGAAGAAGUUAGGACAGAUAAGAGUCCAAAAGUCGGAAAAUUGUCGGGGUCAGAUCCAUAUAAUGGGAACUCUACCGACCCUACUAUAGGUUUGCUUGAAGAAAGUAAGAAUGAUGCUGGCCUCCACUUUAGGCUCCAACAAGAUCUACAACAGAACAUUGAGCAUAGAGAUGUGAGCUUACAGGUAAAAAGUCAACAGAACAUUGAGCAUAGAGAUGUGAGCUUACAGGUAAAAAGUGACCCAUUACCGCAGAAUAGCUCCAGUGGUACAGAUUUGAUUGGAGAGGAGAAUGCUGCAUCAGCAGAUAGUGAACAAGGCCGUGUUCUGCAGACAGCCCAAGUAGUAACCAAUAUGCUUGAUGUUACCAUGCCUGGUACUCUUACAGAAGAACAGAAGAAAAAGGUAUUAGCUGCUGUGGGUCGGGGUGAGACCCUCAUGAAUGCUUUGGAAGGCGCUGUUCCAGAGGAUGUUCGUGGAAAGUUAAAAGAGGCCGUUGCUGGAAUUUUACAUGCACGUGGCUCUGACUUGAAGUUUGAUAAAGUUCUCGGCAUUGCUCGGUCUCCUGAUUCAUCACCAGGGCAUAAGAACGAAGAAAAGUCAACAGAAGCAUCAAGUGCAGAAGUCAGGAAAGAUCAGUCCUCUUCAAAUCAGAUGAAAAAUACUAGUAGUUCUAUAGAUGGCUCUGAUAAAGUUGCAAGUGACAUGGGUGAGCCUGCAGAUGGAAUAGAGGCAGAAGUUGUCCGUGUAGAGAAACAUUCUACAAGUUCAGCUCAAUCUCAAGAAUCAAACAAUGAAGUUGGUUCUUCCGGUUCUUCGAAGGAAAAUGGAGAGUCUAGAGAAAAUAAUGAUACAAAUGAGGAUUUAAAAGGAAAGGUUGUUCCUGAUAUGGAUCAUAGCGAGAAGGGAUUAGAAACGGGUUCUGAAUCGUAUACUCUCAACCAUCCUGAUGCAACAGGUGGCUCUGAAGCAGAAGCUGUUACUGAACAGAAAAGCCAAAACAGUGGAAUAACUCAAACAGAAACAGAGGAAAAUAAUAUCCCGAAGGUUGACCAGAAAAAUCAAGAUUUCUCUAAUGGUCAAAGUAAAACAGAAACAGCAUCGACUGAUGCAAAAGAAGAACCUUCUCCUCCAAUGUCCUCUGAGCACCAGGCAGUGGAAAGAGAAAGUAAUCGCGAUGAAAAUAAAGAUAUUCAGAAUAUACAGCAAACUUCACCUCAAACUAACUCUUCCAGUUCAGUUCCCGUGGCUCCUGGCUUCAGCGUUUCUCAAGCAUUUGAAACCUUAACAGGGAUGGACGAUUCCACCCAAAUGGCUGUCAACAGUGUUUUUGGUGUGAUAGAAAAUAUGUUAUCUCAGCUUGAGAAUAACUCAGAUAAUGAAGCUGAAGUCAAGGAUGGAAAAGCUAUUGAACAUAAGCUAGACGAACAACAAAAAAGUAGUAGCCAGAGCAAUGAUUCCAACAUGUCCGGAAAUCCUUCUCUAGAUAACCAUCAUGAUGGCAUGUCCUUGAGUAUUGAUUCAUGCCAUACGGAAGAACAACUAAAAACCCUCAGCAUAACUAAUGGAAGCGGCGCGAGUGAUUCUCAAAAUUGUUACUCUAAUGAUCACCAAGUUAAGAAGCCUAGUAAUACAAAUAGUCAACUGAUUGAUAAAAGAUUUCUAUUUGAUGAAUGGGAUGGACACAGACAGGUAAAUAGGAUGCCAGACUUCAUAGCUGGAGGUUCAUAUGGAUAUGGGAACUCUCCGUACAAAAAUUACCUCCGCAAAUAUCUUGUUUCAGAGAUUCGUGCCAAAAAACUUGAUUUAGACACAACAACUGCAUUAUUUCUUGAUUAUUUCCCAGAAAAUCAGAAACUCUUGGAACAACCACAAAACAUGGAAAUUGCUUCUGCCGAUGCUGAAAUGUAUACGGAGGUUGGGAGCAAGAUGAAACCCCACUCAUCUGCAAAAUCUUUUGAUGAAAAAGAGUGCAUUGAACCACCAUAUGUGAUAGUAGAUGCAGAAAAGCAAAAACAACCUGUUAGAGAGUUCAUCACUACAGACACUGAGAACGUAAUGAUUCAUACUGGCGAUGACAGGUCAAAAGAGUCUAUCCAAUUUGUGAAAAACAAAGUACUAGAUUCUUUGAAGAUGGAAGUUGGUCGCAAGCUGAAUGCUACGGAAAUGAUAGAAAUGAAACCAAAGCUUACCAGAGAUAUGGAGCAUGUGGCAAAUACGGUUUCACUAGCUGUUGGAACUAGCAAGGGGCAACUACUCUAUUCCGAAUAUCAAGGCCAUGAUGUUGAGGGUGCUGUAGGAAAGGUUGGCACUCUUGAUGGGGAACAUAUCAUUAGGGCAAUUUCAUCUUCUGUUCAGCAAACAAGCUGCCUAAGAAAAGUUAUACCUGUUGGUGUUAUUGUUGGGUCCAUCUUAGCUUCCUUGAGGAAAUAUUUUGAUGUAGCUCCACAUCAAGAAAAUGGCCAGGGAAGAUCUCAUGCCCUUAGUGAUGAGGAGAAACCUGGUGGAAAGAAUUAUGUCAUUGAUGAUGCAACAGUGGCAGGUCAAGUACCAGAUGAGAAAACCAGUUUGGACCAUCCCAUCAAGAGAGAACUUGUAGAAAGUGAAUUAGAAGAUUCAAACAAAAAUACUUACAUGGUUGGUGCUGUUACAGCUGCUAUUGGGGCUUCUGCUUUACUCAUGCAACCAAAGGAUACACAAGGAGAAAAUGAAAAUCACCAAAAGAAGCCAGAAGAGCUCAAAGAGAUAGUCUCUGAUAAUCAGAGUAACAUAAUCACAAGCCUUGCUGAGAAAGCCAUGUCGGUUGCUAGUCCAGUUGUACCUACCAAAGAAGAUGGUGGAGUGGAUCAAGAUAGACUGGUUACAAUGCUAGCUGAUUUAGGACAGAGAGGUGGCUUGUUAAGGCUAGUUGGAAAAUUUGCUUUGCUAUGGGGUGGUAUCCGUGGCGCAAUGAGUUUGACGGACAAGCUUAUCUCAGUCUUUCAUUUUUCUGAGCGUCCGUUGUUUCAGAGGAUCUUUGGGUUUGCUGGCAUGAUCCUUGUUUUAUGGUCUCCCGUUGCUAUUCCGUUCCUUCCUACAAUUGUUCAGGGUUGGACAAUAAACAGUCCUUCCAUAAUAGCCGAGUGUGCCUGCAUUAUUGGCUUGUACAUUGCUAUAAUGAUACUUGUAAUGCUAUGGGGGAAAAGAAUCCGCGGAUAUGAAAAUGCAUUUGAGGAGUAUGGGCUAGACUUGACUUCACAAAAGUUAAUUGAAUAUUUGAAAGGCUUGGUCGGUGGAGUCUUGUUCAUUUUUUCAAUCCAUGCUGUGAAUGCAUUUCUUGGUUGUGCAAGUUUCUCUUGGCCUCAUAUUAUACCUUCUUUAGAUAUCAUAGCUUGGCUAAAAGUGUAUGGACAAAUGGGUCUGCUAAUUGUUCAAGGAACUGUAAUGGCAAGUGCUAUUUCAUUGGUGGAAGAAUUGCUUUUCAGGUCAUGGUUGCCACAGGAAAUUGCAGUUGAUCUUGGAUAUCACAAGGGAAUCAUAAUUUCAGGGCUAGCAUUUUCUUUCUUACAGAGGUCGCUCUCAUCAAUACCAGGACUUUUGCUUUUAUCUUUGUCUUUGUCAGGUGCCCGACAAAGAAAUAGAGGUAGCCUCUAUGUUCCUAUCGGGCUACGUGCGGGGAUGUUGGCGUCGACUUUUAUCUUGCAAAGGGGUGGUUUCUUGACAUAUAAUUAUAAAGGAAACAUUCCUCUUUGGGUAAUUGGGUCUCAUCCAUUUCAACCAUUUAGUGGUUUAGUUGGUUUGGUAUUUUGUUUAUCACUAGCAAUAAUUCUCUACCCCAGAGAGACUUCACAAAAAAGUGAAGCUAAGGAGUGAGUGAAGCAUUCAUCAGCAAAGAGAAUCACAGUUAUGAAUUUAAUGAUAUAACCCUGUUAUAUGCCAAAAUUGGAAUUAGUUGGUAUUUUUGGUGGGUUGUUUUGAUUCUACUACACACAGUACGAGUUUUUCUUGUAAUAUCAGUUGGGGAGCAAAGAAUGGGAAGACAGUAAUUGAGACAUACAAAGAAAGGUGAAACUUUGGAAAUUGAAAGCUUCAGUUGUCUCGAGUAUCAUACAAAAUCUUCAUGUAGAGAGGUUGGCACUACUGUUUCAUGGGUAUUAUAUUUAAGGUAUGAUGUACAAGGUCCUUUUUGUAAGUAGAAAGGUAUAUGUUAGUAUAUUAGGAUUUUUGUAAGUUUCACUGGUUGUCAUUAUAGGACGGAAAGGUUCCUCUAAAGUGAAUAAUUUACGAUAGAAAGGAAAAUAAAUAAAUCAAUAGUUGAUAUUAUAUGCAAAAGUGUAAUAAAUUAUGAGUGGUUACAAUAUCAACUAUUAAUUUUUUU